CUCACUCUGUGUUUUCAUUCACUUCAGUGAUUUGCCAGCAACCUUUUUGGAAAGCCCUUCAUUGAAAAACAAGAUGAGUACAAAUACAAAGGUAUAUCUAAGGAGAUCAGCUUUAGAACCAGACCCUGCAACAAAUGAUGUGGAGAAAGAAAAGACAGAAGUUGCUUCAGAGCUAGGCAGCCCAACUUGGAAUGAUGAGAACAUGGGAUUUAUUGAAAGAGGUUUUAAAACCAUGCUAAGCAUUCGGAAAUCAAAACGAAGGAAUGAGAAAGAACAGGAAGGCACUGGCACCUGGAGAAGAAGACUACUUUCUUUUCAAUUCCCCAAGAGCUCUGAGGAGAACAAAACUGAAAUACUUGAUGGUUUGGAAGAGAUUGUUGAUAAAACAGAAACAGAGCCCACUGAAGGAAAGCCUCUUUCAGUAAUGGAAAUCAAUGAACUUAUUCAGAAAAAGCAACUUCUGGAAGCAUUUGCAAGCAUCAAGUACAUGGAAGAUGAGAUGAUAGCAGAACGGGACGCAGACAAAUACAAGGAUAACCCCCAGGAAUUUUUGAGGAAAGCCAAGGAUGUGGAUUUACUUUACAGCUCUAUCACGAGCAUGAUCCAGUCCAUCGUGGUGGGAACACUGGAGAACCACACAGUGGAGGAGUCCACACUGACCUCCCUGGUGACAUUAAUUGCCCGUGAAGAGGCAGCUCAUCCUAAUACAGGCAAUGCUGCUGAUCCUGGGUCAGACUUGCUUGGAGCACCCAGAAAGUGGAGGGAGGAGUGGAAGGAAGCUGUUAAUGAGGGCACUAGAAAGAGAGUUCUGAGCAUACCCAUGGCAUCAAAGGAAGAAGAGAAAGCCUGGCUUGAUCUCCACUUAAGUUUUCUCCAGAAAUACCUGCUCGAAGACUUACUGAAAAUCAAGUCAUCAGUAAAAAAGUGCUACCCAGAGGAGUACCGGGUGUGUGAAGUGUAUGUGGAGGCUUUUCACAAUGCCAUCGCCUCACACUUGCAAGAUCUUUCUCAGAGACCGCUGGAGUUCAGUGAGCUCUAUUCCUUGCUUGACUGGAUGGCCAACACCUACCACAGUGAACUCUUUCUUGGUCACUCUGAUCUCAAACCAGAAGUUGAGACAAAAAAUCUGUCCCUGCUGCUAACAACAGCGGACUGGGAUAGACUGAAUGAUGAUUACAUCACUUCUGUAAAGGGUAAAAUCAAGAGCUAUUUUGGAAACAUCCUGAUGCUGGAAGUGACGGAAAAAUGGGAGAAGGAAGUUCCCCCAGAAGUGAAGGAUAACCUGUACCAGACCUCGCUUUCCUUUGACAUUCAGACGAUCAUCGGGGAGCACAUGAAGUUAUCUGAAGCCAUCAGUAAAAAGCUGAAAACAAAAACUCUUGAGCUGUGCCUGGCUGAGCUGCAUGAAUUCAUACCAAGGUUCGGGGAGGAGUUCCUGGAGUGGAACGCAGUCCAUGACAGUCCCAUGUUUGCACCCUACUUUGCUGCCUACAUCAACAGCUUCCAUGACCUCUUGUCAGGCUUAGAAACAGUGUUCCAAGUCAACACUGAAGAACUGCAAAAGAUUUUGGCAGCUCUGACAAAGAACUUCAGAAAUGUGUUUUUAAAUAAAUUAAGAACAAAAACACAGCCACUCCUCAAGAAAAUCCUAACCAAGGACUGGAUUUUGGCAAGAGAGAAGCCAAACUCACUGGCGGCAGCAGUCUCGCAGUUCUCAGAGCACCUGCAGCACACAAGGCAGCCCCUGGGACAGGAACUUCUAUGCCAUGUUCAUAAGUACGUGGUAAGGGAAUAUAUUGUGCAGAUCAUCAAACCCAAGAAGAAAAUGAAUGGAGAGAAACGGCAGCAAGUGAGCGAAAGGAUAAACCUGGAAGCCAAAAUCCUUAAUAAUGCUCUCAUUGAUCAUGGCUCAGACUCCAGCUGGCUCCUUCCUGCUAUAAGUCACAUCGCCAAUAUCAUUGGAGAGAAGAGAAAAGACAGGAUCAAGGAGUACGUCAAGGAACUGACUCAGGAUUACCCAGACAUCAGGAAGGAGCACAUCAUGGCCAUCCUCACAGUCCGGGGCCUGGGCUUCACCAGCAGAAGGAUGAUUUUUCAGCAAGGCUUUCAUCGUGAACUGCAGAGUUCUGACAGCGAGGAUGGCAACACGCUCUUUGCUGAAAUCGAUGUGCCGGCAAUCGUCAACUGCUUCUAAAACACAACCAGCACAGAAGCCAGCAGCCUCCCUCCUCCUUCGCUGCCUCUACAGCUUAAUCAGAAAGCUGCUACCUCUCCUCAACAAACACAACAUUUAACUGCUGUGGGAAAAGGGACCUGGGGAUGCAGAAACUGAAGGCAACAGACACACCAAGCACCUUACCUGCUGCAAGUGCCCCUGGGCACCAGCAUCCACCCCAUGAUCACAUAUGGUUACGCUGCUGGGAGGCAUAUUUGAUCCAAGGCUGAGUCUCUUUUCAGUAAAGAGAACCAAAAGGAGUAUAUGCAGGGCUAUAUUAAGGCUUGGACUGUGUGGUGUAUAAUUACACAGCAGAAGAGUAACAACCUCCUUCACAAUUAGCGUCCCUGAGCAACCCCAGAGCAGACCUUGGGCAGUGAUGUGGAACUGCCUAGACCUUAUUUUCUCCCUAGCGAACCAGCUGAGUGAGCUGACAUGGUGCAAGGUCAGUGACAUUGUGCUCUGAUACACCUGACUAAGGGAGGUAGCCUGGGAGGGUAACCAAACCCUCUCUUCAGACACACAGUGCACAGGCUACUGCCCACCAGGACAAGCCCUACAGCCUUUGUCCCUCUGGUGUUUCAGCAGAGUCUGCAAGUCCUCAUGACCCAGGGGAGAAGGACCACCCUUUUGCAUGCUUGGAUGUAUUUUAACCUGGUACAGUCUGAUUGCUAUAUGAAACUUUAUGUGAGGUAGACAGGAAUGGGAUGGGACCCUCCUCCGGCAUCUAGCAUCAGCAGCACCUCAUUGACUGCUUUAUCUGUGAAGGACCUGAAGUGUUAUGCACAGCGCCUGUAGGGCAGGCUGAAAGAAACAUUCAGUAACCCACAACUGUACUAAUCUGAUUUUACUUAAUCCAAUUUAUCCUGUAUGUUGUCUCCUGUGGGAAUUAAUCCAAGACUGUGCAGAGACAUGUUUAUGGUCUACCAAUUAAUGUGAUAAACGUGAACAAGGCAUAGAGCUGUACACCAGUUUGUCUGCAGCUUAGAUCAGUACUGAGCCUCCUCCUCUUCCUGUGCUUCUGUUUUCACCUGAAUAAUUCAGCCUAUGUGACUAGCUGGUGAUAAACCAAGGGGGUGCUCUGACAGAUAGGAGUUUCAGUGUACCCUUAACCUGCAAUCAGCACAUGAAAAAAUUCUAAAGCAGAUUUGCUAACUCAAGGGAGUGUCUGGGCAGAAGGAUGCUAGGAUGCUAUUCUUUCUGAAAUAAGCUGCUUCUAUUCAGCCCUGCUCUGUGAACCAUCCCCUUUUCAUUAGGAGCAUAUUUUGCAUUCUAAUAAAACAGAAGUCUCCUA